AUGCUCACCGAAAUCUUCGCCGUCGCUGGCCCAGUCCAGCACGUCAAGAUCAUCCCGGACCGCAACUACCAGCACGGCGGCCUCAACUAUGGCUUCGUCGAGUACAUGGACAUGCGCGCCGCGGAGACCGCGCUACAGACUCUCAAUGGCCGGAAAAUAUUCGACACCGAGAUCCGCGUCAACUGGGCUUACCAGGGCCAGCAGAACAAAGAGGACACCACUGCUCACUAUCACGUCUUCGUCGGUGAUCUCAGCCCCGAGGUCAACGACGACGUCCUCGCCAAGGCCUUCAGCGCGUUUGGUACGCUCUCCGACGCCCGCGUAAUGUGGGACAUGAACUCAGGCAAGUCCCGCGGCUACGGAUUCCUCGCCUUCCGCGACAAAACCGAUGCCGAGCAGGCGAUUGCGACCAUGAACGGCGAGUGGCUUGGCUCGCGCGCGAUCCGUGUCAACUGGGCGAAUCAAAAGACCCAAGGCGCCCUCCCGGGCGCGCCUCCUGGUCCCCCUCCUCGCGGUAACAGCAUGGGCGGCGGAGCCCCGGCGCCGAUGAACUUCCAGGGCGGGCCGCUCUCGUACGAGAGCGUCGUGCAGCAGACUCCGGGCUACAACUCGACCGUCUACGUCGGCAACCUCGUCCCGUACGCGACCCAGGCGGACCUCAUCCCCCUCUUCCAGUCCAUCGGUUACCUCUCGGAGAUCCGCAUGCAGGCCGACCGCGGCUUCGCCUUCGUCAAGCUCGACACGCACGAGCACGCCGCGAUGGCCAUCGUCCAGCUCCAGGGCCAGAUGGUCCACGGCCGCCCGAUCAAGUGCAGCUGGGGCAAGGACCGGGCGGACGGCGGUGCCCCCAUGUCCGGCUCCAUGAGCCCGCAGACUCCCGCCGCGCCGUUCGGAAACAUGCCUGUGUACGGCAUGCCCCAGCCCACCCAGUACGGCCAGUACGGCUUCAGCGCGUACGGCGGCUACCCCAGUCAGCCCGCUGCGGCCGGCACGCCCGGAGCCGCUGCCCCAGGAAUGCCCAGCCCCGUCGCGCCUCCGGCCGGCAUGGGGAUGGGUGCGGCUGGCAUUGCGGACGCCAACGCUGCUGCUGCUCAGGCUCAGUGGGGCAGCGCUGAUCCUAGUUCUUAUUACUCGAAUUAUUGGGGAGGUUAUUAUGGCCAGCAGGCACCCGGGACCGCGCCCGAUGCUCAGGGCCAGGCUUAA